AAUGGGAAAGCACCAUGAUUGGCCCUAUAUUUCAAAACUCUAUUCACCACCUUUUACAUUAUUUUCCACAUCCUCCUACACUUUCACCAUCCUCAUCUCUAUAAAAACAAGUUACAAUUUUCAUAUGAUCUAUAUAUAUACUUGUACUCAAACCUCAAAGUUGCUCAAUCAUGGCCAUCACUAUGCUUUCUUACAUGCUCUUUAUACUUGUGCUGCAGUCUCCUUACUUUGCUAGGUCACAAUCUUUUAUCGGGGUGAAUUAUGGUCAACUUUCCGAUAACUUACCGGCGCCGGCGGUGACAGCGAAGCUACUUCAGUCAACGGCGAUUGGAAAAGUGAGGCUUUACAAUGCUGACGUGGCAAUUAUCAAGUCACUGGCUAAUACUGGGAUAGGGAUAGUGAUCGGAGUGGCAAAUGGGGAGAUUCCGGGUCUUGCAUCCGACCCGAAUGUGGCGGGUCAAUGGGUCGGGUCAAAUGUGUUGCCAUUUUACCCGGGAAGUAAGAUUGAGGUCAUAACUGUUGGAAAUGAAGUGAUGACUUCUGGUGAUCAGGGUCUUAUGGCACAGCUCUUGCCUGCCAUGCAAAAUGUCCAAAAUGCCCUUAAUGCAGCUUCUUUGGGUGGGAAAGUUAAGGUCUCUACUGUGCAUUCUAUGUCAGUGUUGGCUAAUUCUGAUCCGCCAUCAUCAGGAAGUUUUAAUUCUGGUUUUAGUGACACAAUGAGAGCAUUGUUGCAGUUUCAAAGAACCACUGGUUCUCCUUUUAUGAUAAAUCCGUACCCCUUCUUCGCAUACCAAAGUGAUCCGAGGCCAGAAACACUUGCAUUUUGUUUAUUUCAACCCAAUGCAGGGCGAGUGGACUCUGCAAGUGGUAUCAAGUACAUGAACAUGUUUGAUGCUCAGGUUGAUGCUGUAAAAUCGGCCUUAAAUUCGAUGGGAUUCAAAGAGAUAGAGAUUGUGGUUGCAGAGACAGGGUGGCCUUACAAGGGGGAUCCCAAUGAGGUCGGCCCUAGUGUGGACAAUGCAAAGGCUUAUAAUGGAAAUUUGAUCAGCCAUCUUAGGUCAAAAGUAGGAACUCCACAGAUGCCCGGGAAGUCAGUUGACACCUACAUCUUUGCACUCUAUGAUGAGAAUUUGAAGCCUGGUCCCGGCUCAGAGCGCGCGUUUGGGCUUUUUAAGCAGGAUCUUUCCAUGAUUUAUGAUGUUGGUCUCUUGAAGACUAGCCAGACUCCGACCACUCCUACGACUCCUUCUCCAGCCACUCCAGCACCAAAGGCUGCAGCCUGGUGUGUUCCGAAGCCUGGCGUUUCUGAUGCUCAGUUACAAUCAAAUCUCGACUACGUCUGCGGCCAUGGUCUUGAUUGUAGCCCUAUUCAACCAGGUGGUGCCUGUUAUGAACCAGCUACCAUACUAGCUCAUGCAGCAUACGCAAUGAAUCUAUACUAUCAAAGUUCUGGGAAAAAUCCAUGGAAUUGUGAUUUUGCUCGAACUGCAACUCUCUCUUCCACUAACCCAAGCUACAAUGGUUGCAUCUAUCCAGGUGGAAACUGAUGGAACGAUCCAAGAUUGUAUAGCUUGGUUGUAGUUAAUAAUCUACCUUUCAAUAAUAGAGUUGUCAAAAAAUAAGCUUCGAGUUGAAUAUAUCAGUUAUACGUUAAAGUAUCUUAGUUUCGAAAUAUAGAAUAUGAAGGUACCGAUUUUUGUUUC